CUCGCUGUUCGGGCCCGGGUGUGCUGGCGAGAACGCGUGAAGGGCGACCGAGCGCCGCGCUGCCGCCUUGUCCAGUGUGUGUUCCUUGUGUCUUGUGCGAGGUGUGAUUGGUAUUCUCUGUAUAUCAGAAAAAAUACAGAUAAGAAAAGAACUAGUGGAACAGUAAUCUACAUGUAUCCCUUGUGGCACCAAGAGCCCCUGUAAAACACCUUAGAAAAAAGGGAAAGUAAUUGGGCUGUCAAGUGUUGUUAAGUGUUGACAGCAAUUAUACUCUCGCGGCUGGAGUGGUCCACGUCGGCCGGGAUUGCGAGAGCGUCACCUGGUAACCAUGGCAACAGCGGUGGUCAACGGAGAAGAGAUGAGUGAACUUGGCCGACAAACUUCUUUCAAGGGCGACGGAUUGAGAGGAUACGACAGACAGUGAGUGUUCAGGUGAAGGUCGACGGAGAAUCGGCGUCCGAGUUAGGACUUUCUCCCUUUGCCGUGAGCGCGAGGUCUCGAGGACGUCGUCGGGAUGGAGGUUUUCGAAGAGCCUCGAACCCUCGAACACGGGCGUCACACCCCCGUCAGGAUGGACUCCCGCACGUCUUCCUACACGGGAUCCAGCAGCGAUGAGGACGAGCAGUCCCCGCGGGAGAAGUCGCAGAAGACCUCCAAGGGCUCGACCGACUUCUGCGUCAAGAACAUCUCCCAGGCCGCGUUCGGGCGCAGGGAGAUCGAGAUCGCCGAGCAGGAAAUGCCCGGCAUCAUCGCCCUCCGGAAACGUGCCAUGGACGACAAACCCCUGAAGGGAGCCAAGAUUGUGGGUUGCACUCACAUCAAUGCCCAGACUGCUGUCCUGAUUGAGACUCUGGUGGAGCUUGGAGCCACUGUGCGAUGGUCAGCAUGCAACAUUUUCUCCACUCAAAAUGAAGUGGCUGCAGCCUUAGCUGAAGCAGGCCACCCUGUCUUUGCCUGGCGUGGAGAGAGCGAGGAGGACUUCUGGUGGUGCAUUGACAAAUGCAUCAAUGCUGAGAACUGGCAGCCAAACAUGAUCUUGGACGAUGGAGGAGAUGCAACUCACCUUAUGCUCAAGAAGUACCCGGCCAUGUUCAAGAUGAUCAAGGGUAUCUGUGAGGAGAGUGUGACUGGUGUUCAUCGUCUGUACCAGCUCAGCAAGGCAGGGAAACUGACUGUGCCAGCCAUGAAUGUUAAUGACUCAGUCACCAAGACCAUGUUUGAUAACCUUUACUCUUGUAGGGAAUCAAUCAUUGACAGCUUGAAGCGUGCCACUGAUGUGAUGUUCGGUGGUAAGCAGGUGGUUGUCUGUGGGUAUGGAGAAGUUGGAAAAGGUUGCUGCCAAGCCCUGAAGGGUCUCGGCUGCACUGUUUAUGUCACAGAAAUUGAUCCUGUGUGCGCCCUCCAGGGAUGCAUGGAUGGUUUCCGAGUUGUGAAGCUGUCUGAAGUGAUCCGCCAGGUAGAUAUCCUGGUGACUGCAACUGGCAACAAGAAUGUGGUGACCCGAGACCACAUGGACAAGAUGAAAAAUGGAGCCAUUGUUUGCAACAUGGGUCAUUCUAAUACAGAGAUUGAUGUGAACUCCCUUCGAACUCCAGACCUGACUUGGGAGAAGGUGCGUUCUCAGGUUGAUCACAUCCUGUGGCCUGAUGGCAAGAGAAUCAUCCUCUUGGCAGAAGGAAGGCUUGUUAACUUGUCAUGCUCAUCUGUUCCCUCAUUUGUUGUGUCCAUCACCUCAUGCACUCAGGCCCUGGCUCUGAUUGAGUUGUUCAAUGCUCCUGCUGGACGUUACAAGUCGGACGUUUAUCUUCUCCCCAAGAAGAUGGAUGAGUAUGUGGCCAGCCUUCACCUUCCCACAUUUGAUGCUCAUCUCACAGAGCUCAGUGAUGAACAGGCCAAGUAUAUGGGCUUAAACAAGGCUGGACCUUUCAAGCCUAAUUACUACAGGUACUAAGUGAUAAAUAGGCUGAGGUACAAGAGAUUGCAAUCUACUUGGACUGUAUGACAGGGUCAGAGAUUUUGAGUCCACAUAAUUUUUCAUACACACUUUUGUUGUUAAAUCAAGAACUGGUUGUAAUAUAGUAUCAUAUUGUUCCCAUUGUCUCAGACUUUGUCCAUAUAAUAAGUUUAUAUUCUGAAUUGUCAUCUCAAUUUGAAAAAAAGGUUUGCUGCAUCUACAGCAAAAUCCUUUGUACCUGUUAGCAAACAAAGUAUGAACAAAUGUACAUGUCUGUUAAAGAGCCAAUAAUAGUACCUGAAAACAGUAACUGCCAAUCAUCUCAGAGUUGUGUUGAGGUACUAAGAUGAUAUUUCAGAAUGUGAAUGUAAUGUCCAGUAAUGUAAGUAGCUUCCUAUUGACCAUCACAGUAGCAGGUGAACCAUAUUUGAAAGUACAUAUCUGUUCAAUCUCUGUUGUUUAUUAUGGAAAUGGUGGUGAGGUUCUGAUUUCUGUAUAAUUAUUAUUGAGAUUUACUUCUUUGGAAGAUUGUUAUCUACAGAGAAAUUGCUUGAACUCUCAAUUUGAUUUAUGUUAUUGUAAUAUGUAAGUAAUUAUUAAUAUAUACCUAUCACAAUUUUAAUUUAAUAAAGAAGGUUCUGACAUUAUUGAAAACAAAUGUUUAUUUGUAUUUGGAUAAGAAUUAAAACUUAAAAAUAUGAAAAAAUAUAUUUAUGUGACUUUUGUAUGUGUUCAUCAAUAUUGCAAGGUAAUUGCCAUGUAAAAAUAAGUGCGUCAGUGGAAAUGCUAUUGAGUUGGAGAAUAUUUUUAAGAAGAUAUAGUAGUUUGAAUAUCUGUUUUGACAAAAAUGGUUCUACACACCGCAACAGCCAGAAAAGAAACCUUGAGUAAAUAUGCUGUUUAUGUAUAGAUCAUAUUUGCCAGGUUUGUAAUUAGAUUUGGACAAAUGAGAGUAACUACCAUGGUCUGAAGAGUAAAUUGAGGGCUAGCAGAGGUGCUUGGUAGCAUUAAUGAACCAUCAUUAAUACUGAAACUUUCUUGGCAAGGUCUCCCUUUCUUGAGCAAGGUAGAGGUUGAGUUAUUCAAAAGAGAUCUGGAUAUUUGAAGGACAUUGUUAUAUAGCUCAUAGGCCAUGUUUGUUGUAGAAUCUGCCUGUUUUGUCUGUGAUAGAUUUAGAAGACAGUACCAGGUGCAGAGUGUAAGUAAUCAAUAUAACCACCAAGAGCAUGCAAGUUUAUCAGGCUGGAGGUUAAUCUGGCUCCAUUGAAAAAAAGAGUAACUCAUUGUGAUUCCUAGUGUGUAUAAUAUAUCUUACUAGUACUCUUUUGAUGGCUUUGGAGUCUUGUGGGAUGAGCUGCAGUCAGAUUGACUUUCCAGAUGGUGAAUACAUCAUCAUUGUGG